AUGUUUGCUCCUUUGGCUUUCACAGUGAUGCGGUUAACAAAACCCACUCUCUUCACUAACAUGCCAGUGACAUGUGAAGAUAGAGACCUCCCAGGUAAGCCUCUUGAUUUAUUUUACCGCCAACAUGUAGUAGAGUUGUAGAAUCUUAUUAGGCCUAACCAAUUUGCUUUGCAGCAGUGAUUCUAAAUACAGUGCCUUCGGAAGGUAUUCAGACCCCUUGACUUUUUCCACAUUUUGUUACGUUACAGCCUUAUUCUAAAACAGAUUUAAAAAAUAAUAAUCCUCAACAUGACUGGAAGUCGCUUUGAAUAAAAGUGUCUGCUAAAUGGCAUAUAUUAUAGGGUUAUAUUAUAUGUUAUAUAUUAUAAUUUCAAGUCUACAGUAGGCUUAUGGUAAAAGCAUUGAUAUAACUGACUACUUCCAUGUAGUGCUAUAAAUCCCUGGUCCAUACCAACACAUUCACAUGUCAUAUUUCUCUUUGAAAUCAGUAUUCCUCAGAGAGAAAAACAGAUGCACGAUUCUACAUUUCACAACCCAUGGGAACAUUAUUUAUUACAAAACUGCAUUCAUAUAUUCAUUGGACCGAUAUGUAUGAGAACGUGUAAAUCAGCUAAGCUUUCCUUUACUGGGGUUAAGCCUCCAGUUAAAAUUCCAGGCAUGACGACAGUGAAAUGAAUUGAGCCAAUACAUUAAUUAACCUUUGAAAAUAUGUGAAGUCGGUAAUCAAUAAUAAAGCCAGCCAGCCACAUCUAUCUGCCUCCUCCACGGAAUCACUAAGAGAUCCCAGGAAUGGCUCCGUCUAACCGGCUCCCAAAUUUAGUCGUGCAGGCCUAAAGAGAAUUUACAGUGUUUAUUUUUCCUUCUGCUGGAGGCCUCCCUACUGCAAUGUGAGCGCUGUGCUGGAAACCCAACUCUGCUGAACCCAUAAAUCACAGUGACACUUCUGGGUAGGGAUGCUAUUUAUACAGGGGGGAGAAAUGAAAUGAAGGCAUAUCUGGCCGUAAAUCGAAAUGAACGACUAGAACACGAUAUAGGAUAAAUAAAAUAACUUGUGAAAGUUUUUAUGCCACCCAGCUCUCGUAUCUCCCACGCUGCUCCUCUGAAGGCUACCUUUCACUCAAAGAUUUAGAACAUUGACAUUGAUCAUCAAUAUUAAAGCUACAAAACUUACAGGGCCCAUAUGAGGAGACUGACUGACUAUUAGACCUGGUAGUGACAGUUUCCAUAGUGCCCUAAAUCAGAGAAAAUUUCUGGAGAUUUAAAAAAAAAUAGAUAUAGAGUCCAACAUUGCUGGCAUUGUGUCAAGUUCUUUAUGUGCCUCAACAACACUUAGCUAGAUGCAGUGCUAGAUCAGAAAGUAUUCACACCUUUUGACUUUUUCCACAUUUUAUGUUACAGCAUGAAUUGAAAAUGGAUUAAAUUGAGAUUUUGUGUCACUGAUCUACACACAGUACACCAUAAUGUCAAAGUGGAAUUAUGUUUUUAGAAGUGUUUAUGAAAGAUUAAAUGUCUUGAGUCAAUAAGUAUUCAACCCUUUUGUUAUGGCAAGCCUAAAUAAGUUAAGGAGUAAAAAUGUGCUUAACAAGUCACAAUAAGUUGCAUUGACUCACUCUGUGCAAUAAUAUUGUUUAACAUGAUUUUUAAAUUACUACCCCAUCUCUGUAUCCCACACGUACAAUUACCUGUAAGGUCCCUCCGUCGAGCAGUGAAUUUCAAGCACAGAUUCAAUCACAAAGACCAGGGAGUUUUUCCAAUGGUUCGCAAAGAAGGGCACCUAUUGCAAAAAACAAAAAAGAACAGACAUUAAAUAUCCCUUUGAGCAUGGUGAAGUUAUUAAUUACACUUUGGAUUGUGUAUCAAUACACCCAGUCACUACAAAGAUACUGGCGCCCUUCCUAACUCAGUUGCCGGAGAGGAAGGAAACCGCUCAGGGAUAUCACCAUGAGGCCAAUGGUGAUUUUAAAACAGUUACAGAGUUUAAUGGCUGUGAUUGUAGAUAACUAAGCAUGGAAAACAACAUUUCAGUUACUUCCCAAUACUAACAUGAAUGACAGAUUGAAAAGAAGGAUGCCUGUACAGAAUAAAAAAUAUUUCAAAACAUGCAUCCUAAUUGUAAUAAGGCACUAAAGUAAUAUUGCAAAAAAUGUGGCAAAGAAAUACAUGUUUUGUAAUGAGUACAAAGCGUUAUGUUUGGGGCAAAUCCAUCACAACUCAUCACUGAGUACCCGUCUUCAUAUUUUCAAGCAUGGUGGUGGCUGCAUCAUGUUAUGGUUAUGCUUGUCAUCACCCAGGAGUUUUUAAGGAUCAAAAUAAAUGGAAUCGAGCUAAGCACAGGGAAAAUCCUAGAGGAAAACCUGGUUCAGUCUACUUUCCAACAGACACUGGGAGACAAAUUCAUCUUUCAGCAGGACAAUUACCUAAAACACAAGGCCAAAUAUACACUGGAAUUGCUUACCCAGACGACAUUGAAAGUUCCUGAGUGGCCUAGUUACAGUUUUGACUUAAAUCUGCUUGAAAAUCUAUGGCAAGUCUUGAAAAUCGAUGUCUAGCAAUGGUCAACAACCAACUUGAUACAGUGCAUUCGGAAAGUAUUCAGACCCCUUGACCUUUUCCACAUUUUGUUACGUUACAGCCUUAUACUAAAAUGGAUGAAAUUAAUUGUUUUCCUCAUCAAUCUACACAAUACCCCAUAAUGACAAAGCAAAAACAGGUUUUUAGACAUUUUUGCAAAUGUAUUAAAAAUAAAAAACAGAAAUACCUUAUUUACAUAAGUAUUCAGACCCUUUGCUAUGAGACUCAAAAUUGAGAUCAGGUGCAUCCUGUUUCCAUUGAUCAUCCUUGAGAAGCUUCUACAACUUGAUUGGAGUCCACCUGUGGUAAAUUCAAUUGAUUGGACAUGAUUUGGAAAGGCACACACCUGUCUAUAUAAGGUUCCACAGUUGACAGUGCAUGUCAGAGAAAAAACCAAGCCAUGAGGUCAAAGUAAUUGUCCGUAGAGCUCUGAGACAGGAUUGUGUCGAGGCACAGAUCUGGGGAAGGGUACCAAAACCUUUCUGCAGCAUUGAAGGUUCCCAAGAACACAGUGGCCUCCAUCAUUCUUAAAUGGAAGGAAUUUGGAACCACCAAAGACUAUUCCUAGAACUGGCCGCCCGGCCAAACUGAGCAAUCGGGGCGAAGGGCCUUGCUCAGGGAGGUGACCAAGAACCCGAUGGUCACUCUGACAGAGCUCCAGAGUUCCUCUGUGGAGAUGGGAGAACCUUCCAGAAGGACAACCAUCUCUGCAGCACUCCACCAAACUAUCUGAAUGCACUCUAUAUUGUACAAUUUUUUUAUUUUUUUAUUUCACUUUUAUUUAACCAGGUAAUCCAAUUGAGAUCAAGUUCUCAUUUACAACUGCAACCUGGCCAAGAUAAAGCAAAGCAGUGCGAUUAAAAACAACAACACAGAGUUACAUAUGGAAUAAACAAAAACGUACAGUCAAUAACACAAUAGAAAAUAUGAAAUAUAUAUACAGUGUGUGCAAAUGUAGUAAGUUAUUGGGUAAGUUAAGUAAGUUAACUUACCCAAAAAGACUCACAGCAAUAAUCGCUGCCAAAGGUGAUACUAACAUGUAUUGACUCAAGGGGUUCAAUACUUAUCUAAUCAAGAUAUAUUAGUGUUUUAUUUUAUUUAUUUAUUUUUUGAAUUUUUCUUCCACUUUGACAUUAGAGUAUUCUGUGUAGAUUAUUCAUCAAAAAUUACAAUUAAAUACAUUUUAAUCCCACUUUGUAACACAACCAGAUGUGGAAAAAGUCAAUGGGUGUGAAUACUUUCUGAAAGCAGUGUAUGAGAGUAAUUUGUGUGUGUGACUGUGUGUGUGCAUGCCUGCGUGCACGUGUGUAUACAUGUGUGUACAUGUGCGUGCGCGCAUUCUACAGGGGAUUUGUUUGGUCGGCUAAUGAAGGAGGACCCAUCCACUAUUAAAGGAGCAGAGGCAUUAAUGCUGGGAGAGAUGCUCACACUACCUCAGAACUUUGGGUAAAUAACACUACAGCAACAACUGUAGUGAACUGUUUGACAUAUAGAGCAGGAUGAAACAUGUAUAGGCACACACAACUAGCAUUUAACAAUCAGACCGGCAGUUUAUAUCUUUCAUUCCCCCUGGCCGAUCAUUUCUGUCUUUAUCUCUUGAUCGGUUUCAGUGUAGAAUCAUCACAUUUCUUGCAAGACAACCUUUCACAGGAAUACUUAGCCUUAAUUUUGGCCAUCAUUUUCACCGAAAAGCAUAGUCUUGUUUCUGUUCUUCAGUGGGCAUGUGAGUCCAUUGUCUUUGUGUGUGACUCUUGCGUAACAAUUGUUCUCUGCACAGAAAUAUUUUCCUUGGCGAGACCUUCUCAAGUUACAUUAGUGUGCAUAAUGACAGCACCCAGGAGGUCAAGGACAUACUAGUAAAGGUACAGUACAGAUAUACAUAAAUCCAAUGGAAACAUGUUUAACCAAUCUCUUUCUCAUUGAUUAAUUCACUUGUCCUAUUCACACUCUUUUAAGUGAAAUCCCAAUUUAUUUCAUGUCUUACAGGCAGACCUGCAGACCAGCUCUCAGAGGCUAAACCUAUCAGCGUCCAACAAUGCAGUCACAGAGCUGAAGCCUGAGUCCUGCAUCGAUGAUGUCAUCCACCACGAAGUCAAAGAGAUUGGAACUCACAUGUAUGUUUACUUUCUGACAUGGACUAAUUCUUAAAUAACAUACUUUUGACCAUUGCCCUAUGUAAUUCUGGGAGAAGGGUGUCUCUCGAGACAACAGUGGGGAAUAUAAACAGCAACACAUCUGCAAAGAUACUUAGGAGUUCAUUUGAAUGCUAAUAUUCAAGGAUUUCGGUCUCUAUUCUAGCUUGGUUUGUGCAGUCAGUUAUACCACACAGGCGGGAGAGAAGCUAUACUUCAGGAAGUUCUUUAAAUUUCAGGUGAGUUUCAAAGCGUCCUUAAUUUGACCUCCCCCAUGCUCCCUCACAGAGUUAUAUUAGAUACCAGACCUCAACCCUGAGCAAUGUCACAGGUCCAUGACAGAGGAAAAGCAAUUAGCAAUAGCACACAAGCUUUGGCUUUUGACUACCAAACAAUCUCACUACCUACUGCCCUCAGUCUCAGAAAGGAUCUGCUCUAAGUCACACAAAGAAACUAAAUCCAACUUCUCCUACAGUAACAAUCAUUUUUGUAUAAGCUAUACUGACCGUUUUAAAUCGAAUUUCUUGGCUCAUGGAUUUUAGCUUUUUCAGUGAUAAAUUGUGAUAUUUUCUAAUGUUGUGAAGGGAGGUUUGUCGUCGCUGUUGAAUGGAGGAAUAUUUUGAGAAAUCAUUUGAGAAAUCGGCAUCAUUUAGCUUGCAAUCUAUUCUCAAUCAGGUUCUGAAGCCGCUCGACGUCAAAACCAAGUUCUACAAUGCGGAGGUAUGUUUUUUUUCUCUUUCUCUCAGCUGCACUUACCUCACUCUUUUAUUACCUGUACCAAAACAAUGACAAAUACAGUCAUCCUACCGACUUAUUCAACUUUCCACCUUUGUCAACAUACCAUCUAUCUUUACUCAUACAUAGUCACAUAUUUUUCCAUACAUUUCCACUAUCAAUUCAGCCACUGGUUUUUAGAUGACAUCACAAACAUAGAGUUUGCUGUAUAUCAUGUUUCAUUCCAUGGUCAGGCAUUUCCAUUGGUGACACAUAGUCAAAUUAGCUUUUUAUUCCCUAAUUUGCAUAUUAGUAGCAUUUAAUUUGUUAGCGGAUGAAACAAGAUGCAUUGUCACUUUCAUUUGGCAUGUAACCUUCAUUUGUUUAUUGUCUCUUGUGUUUUUAUUUUCUCCAUUAGAGUGACCUCAGUUCCGUGGUAAUCGUUCUUUCAGUUUUCAUUGCUCUUAACUCUCGCUUUCUUAAUCCUUAUUGCAGCAACGUCUGUCUGUCUUUCUAUGGAGCCAAUGAGCAUGAGCAACGGCAAAAUAAGGGAAAAGCAUGCAGGGGGAAAACAAUAUGAAGAAUAAAAACUCAUAUAGUAAGACUUCACUUCUCACAAAGAAAACAGAUGUGUGAUGCUGCUUUAGUAAAGGUCCAUCAAAGGCUUUUCCCACUAUUUUGCCUUUACUCUGAUUUUUUUCUCUUCGACGCUUGUGCCCUCUCGCUAACUCAUCUCUCACAGGACUUGUGCAAUCGGGCAGUAGGUGGGCGUGGUGCCAGAGAGAUUCAUGGGAAAUAGAAUGGAAGCUUUGGGAGUGCAUUGAUCAAACAAUCCAUCCUCAUAGGGUGAAAUCGACAUCAUGGGUCUAGGCUAGGGCGGGUUUCUAAAUGGCACCCUAUUGCCUAUAUAGUGCACUGCUUUUGACCAGGGCCCGUAAGGCUCUGGUCAAAAGUAGUGAACUAUAUAGUGAAUAGGGGGCCAUUUCAGACAGAGCCUAGGUCUGUAUGAUUGUAGUGGGGUUUCCAUUUCUACUGGUCUUUUGAAUGAUUGGAUUCGAAUGUAGAUUUGAAUUAUGAUUUUCAAUCGAAAUCCAGUACCAAUCUCUGAUGGGAAGGGCUGUACAUUUUAAUGAGGAUUUUAGUGUUGGUGAUUAUUAAUCUGAUUAUAUGAAUUUAUAUGUUUAUUUCACUCUUUAUCUAAAAGAAACUCUUUCAAGAGUCAGAAUAAAUCAGAUCAAGUGAAACGUUCUUCAAAUAAAGCUCUGGACAAAAGUAGCUGCACUAAAUGGGGUAUAUGGGGUGCUAUUUGAGAUGUGUCCAAUCAGUUUUUUGUGUUGGGUUUGAUGACAGGUCAGGCUCAGCAUGGGAGAUGUGGAGAGGUGCUCUGCUCUGUAACAAUAACCCCAGUCUGUCUGUCUGUCCGUCUGGCAGAAUGUUUCUGUCUGUGGUCCCUACUUAAUCACUAGCAUUUGAAUUUCAGGCAUGAACUAAUCUCUGAGCGCUCCUCUGUUCAGUUGAGUACUAAUCCACUCCUCAAAGGUAAACUGAGCAGACUUUGCUACUCCAUUUUGGCCCUGCUGGUUGAUUUAAAUAGUAUUGACGAAGGUAUGAAAACCUUGUCUUACUGGGGUUCUAAUGAUGUCGUAAUAUUUCUGACACAUUCAUACAUGCCAAAAUCUAGUGUAAGUUAUACAGGUAUUUUGUGGUUUUUUCUAGAAUCUAACUGUAUAAGUCACAUGUUUUCAGAAAAAUCUGACACACACUAGGCCUAAAUGAAAUCUACAACUUCCCCUUGAGGGGCCAAUACGCUGUAAAGUACAUUGAAAGGAAUUGAAGUCAAAGUGCUGCCCAGUUAAGUCCUUUGAGGUGGUGUUCCUCUAGUUAGCGGCUAACGUUAGCGCUGACCCCUUACCCCCGCCCCCAGACAGACGAGGUGUUUCUUGAGGCCCAGAUCCAGAACAUCACCACGUCGCCCAUGUUCAUGGAGAAAGUGUCCCUGGAGCCCUCCAUGAUGUACAAUGUCACCGAGCUCAACACCGUGGAGACUGGGGACGAAGGGUAAGGGGGAUACAUACACACACAUAUUUUAGUGUUAUGUUUGGAUUGUACAGUAAAAAGGCAUUAAUUUCAGAAAGAUAUACGUGUGAAGAAGAGAAAGGGAACUCGACAAGAGUAUCUGUAUAGAUUAUGCUAGCAUGAUAUCUUGUUUUUUCUGGUCUCAAUUUCUAGUGUUAUUUUACUGCUUUUUUGUUGAAACAUUUUGACUGUGAAAGCUGUAUGACUAUUCUGAUUGAAAUCUAUGCUGCGUACGAGAUACUGCAUUCACUCGGCCAAGUUUUCUCACUGUCGCUCAAGGCGCCCCCACUAUGUCAAAUGUAAUAGGUUUUCAGUGUCAGCUCAGACUUCUCCACCCUGACUGUGUUCCAGAACGUCUACGUUUGGGAAGAUGUCUUACCUGCAGCCCAUGGACACGCGCCAGUACCUCUACUGCCUGAAGCCCAAAUCGGAGUUUGCAGAGAAGGCGGGCGUCAUCAAGGGCGUGACGGUCAUCGGUAAACUGGACAUUGUGUGGAAGACCAACUUAGGAGAGAAAGGAAGGCUGCAGACAAGCCAGCUACAGAGAAUGGUACCAGAGCAUUCUCAGUUACAUGAUAUGGUUCUUAGUUAAAGUAUAUGGUUGUUGCAUAACAGGACAUUCUCAGUCUCAAUGCUGUGGUUGUCUUUGUUGUAGUUUGUUGAGUGGUGGUGUUGAUGUUGUUCUUGUCAGUCAUACCUGGGCUGUUGACAAAUGUGACUCAUUGGACAAUUACUAUGAAAAUAACAUAGCUCAAAAUGAAGAUGAUAUUCUCAAUUGGGUAAUGUAGUCAUUCUACAGUUUCCAAAUUGGUCUACAAUUGCAUCACCUAAAUUAUGCAAAAUGUGAUGUCUCCAAGCCUGUUGCCCAGGGGUACCAACCAGACAGUGCAAUCUAAAGUGGCCUAUACCAUGGUCCCAGAUGAUGCGCUUCUUAAGCUUAAAAUGAAGAAAAUCGGUCCAGACUCCUUAUAAAAAAUAAACUCCAGCAUACCAGUAACCUGGAUGCUUCCAACAAUUUAAUGGAUCUCAGUCGACCUUCAACAGGGUAUUGUUUUUCCACUUGUCUCUGCCAGGCUCCAGGUUAUGGAGACGUCAGACUAUCACUGGAGAUGAUCCCAGACACCGUCAACCUAGAGGAACCCUUCGACAUCACCUGUAAAAUCACCAACUGCAGGUAUAGUCAAAUGGAUGGACGGACCUAUGUGUGGCAACUCUCCUGACUGUCAUUAUCAUGCUAUUCUUUAAUCUACAAUAUGAUAUGGACACGAUAGAUGGUAUGUUAUGACAAUGAUGGGCUGGUUAAAGCACAUAUAGACUUUUAACUAGGCUGGUUGUAUGUUUUAUAUACAGUACCAGUCAAAUGUUUGGACACACCUACUCAUUCCAGGGUGUUUCUUUAUUUUAACUAUUUUCUAUAUUGUAGAAUAAUAGUGAAGACAUCAAAACUAUGAAAUAACACAUAUGGAAUCAUGUAGUAACCAAAAAAGUGUUAAACAUAUCAAAAUAUAUUUUCUAUUUGAGAUUCUUCAAAUAGGCACUCUUUGCCUUGAUGACAGCUUUGCACACUCUUGGCAUUCUCUCAACCAGCUUCAUAAGUUAGUCACCUGCCUUUGAAUUCAAGGCACACUUAACCAGCAUGGCUACCACAGCAUUCUGCAGCGAUACGCCAUCCCAUCUGGUUUGGGCUUAGUGGGAUUAUCAUUUGUUUUUCAACAGGACAAUGACCCAACACACCUCCAGGCUGUGUAAGGGCUAUUUGACCAAGAAGGGGAGUGAUGGAGUGCUGCAUCAGAUGACCUGGCCUCCACAAUCCCCCGAUCUCAACCAAUUGAGAUGGUUUGGGAUGAGUCGGACCGCAGAGUGAAGGAAAAAGCAGCCCACAAGCUCAGCUAUUGGGAACUCCUUCAGACUGUUUGAACAGCAUUCCAGGUGAAGCUGUUUGAGAGAAUGCCAGAGUGUGCAAACUGUCAUCAAGGCAAGGAGGCUAUUUGAAGAAUCUCAAAUAUAAAAUUAUGUACAAAUAAGAAAAACACUUGAUGAGUAGGUGUCCAAACUUUUGACUGGUAUGUAUAUGUAUAGAUUAUAGUGGUGUUUCCCCUCUCUCUCUCUAUAUAUAUAUAUAAUGAUAGAGAGAGAGAGAGAGAGAGAGCGAGAGUCAGAAGAGAUGGGAGAGAGUAGAGGAGAGAGAGCGAGAGAGAGAGAGAGAGAGAGAGAGAGAGAGAGCGAGAGAGAAACUCAGAGAUCAGUCCGCGAUAACCUAGAGACGUCUCUGACGGAGAGCGGAGGAGAUCGCAGUCAUGACGCGAGACGUCUCUCACUCCUCGCUUCUCUGAAGAGCUGAUGCUUCGGCGCUAGAAGAGGAGAAUAUAUAGAGAGCCAGUACCAGUACCCAGUCAAAAGUUUGGACACACGUACUCCCAGGGUUUUUCUUUAUUUUUACUAUUUUCUACAUUGUACAAUAAUAGUGAAGACAUCAAAACUAUCAAAUAACACAUAUGGAAUCAUUUAGUAACCAAUAAAGUGUUAAACAAAUCAAAAUAUAUUUUAGAUUCUUCAAAGUAGCCACCCUUUGCCUUGAUGAUAGCUUUGCACACUCUUGGCAUUCUUUCAACCAACUUCACCUGGAAUGCUUUUCCAACCGUCUUGAAGGAGUUCCCACAUAUGCUGAGCACUUGUUGGCUGCUUUUCCUUCACUCUGCCGUCCGACUCAUCCCAAACCAUCUCAAUUGGGUUGAGGUCGGGGGAUUGUGGAGGCCAGGUCAUCGGAUGCAGCACUCCAACACUCUCCUUCUUGGUAAAAUAGCCCUUACACAGCCUGUAGGUGUGUUGGGCCAUUGUCCUGUUGAAAAACAAAUGAUAGUCACACUAAGCCCAAACCAGAUGGGAUGGCGUGUCGCUGCAGAAUGCUGUGGUAGCCAUGCUGGUUAAGUGUGCCUUGAAUUCUAAAUAAAUCAGAGACAGUGUCACCAGCAAAGCACCCCCACACCAUAACACCACCUACUCCAUGCUUUACGGUGGGAACUACACAUGCGGAGAUCAUCCGUUCACCCACACCGUUGCAGCAAUUCGACCAUGAAGGCCUGAUUUACACAGUCCCCUCUGAACAGUUGAUGUUGAGAUGUGUCUGUGACUUGAACUCAUUUAUUUGGGCUGCAAUUUCUGAGGCUGGUAACUCUAAUGAACUUAUCCUCUGCAGCAGAGGUAACUCUGGGUCUUCCAUUCCUGUGGUGGUCCUCAUGAGAGCCAGUUUCAUCAUAGCGUUUUAUGGUUUUUGCCACUGCACUUGAAGAAACUUUCAAAGUUCUUGACAUUUUACGUAUUGACUGACCUUCAUGUCUUAAAGUUAUGAUGGACUUGUGGUUUCCCUUUGCUUAUUUGAGCUGUUCUUGCAAUAAUAUGGACUUGGUCUUUUACCAAAUAGGGCUAUCUUCUGUAUGCCCCCCUACCUUGUCACAACACAACUGAUUGGCUCAAACGCAUUAUAUUUUAAGAAGGCACACCUGUUAAUUGAAAUUCCCGUUGACUACCUCAUGAAGCUGGUUGAGAGAAUGCCAAGUGUUUAUUUUUAUUUUUAUUUUUCUGGGGGUAGCUGGUUGAGAGAAUGCCAAGUGUUUGCAAAGCUGUCAUCAAGGCAAAUGGUGGCUAUUUGAAGAAUCUGAAAUAUACAAUAUAUUUUGAUUUGUUUAACACUUCGUUGGUUACUACGUGAUUCCAUAUGUGUUAUUUCAUAGUUUUGAUGUCUUCACUAUUAUUCUACAAUGUAAAAUAUAGUAAAAAUAAAGAAAAACCCUUGAAUGAGUAGGUGUGUCCAAACGUUUGACUGGUUGUGUGUUUGUGUGUAUAUAGUGCAUUCGGAAAGUAUUCAGCCCCCUUGACUUUUUCCACAUUUUGUUACAUUACAGCCUAAUUCUAAAAUUUAUUAAAUUGUUUUUUUUUCUUCAUUAAUCUACACAUAAAUCAUGUAAUGAUGAAGUGAAAACAGGUUUUUAGAAAUUUUUGCACAUAAUAAAUAAAAUGUUUACAUAAGUAUUCAGACCCUUUGCUAUGAGACUCGAAAUUGAGCUCAGGGGCAUCCUGUUUCCAUUGAUCAUCCUUGAGAUGUUUCUACAACUUGAUUGGAGUCCACCUGUAGUAAAUUAAAUGGAUUGGACAUGAUUUGGAAAGGCACACACCUGUCUAUAUAAGGUCCCACAGUUGACAGUGCAUGUCAGAGCAAAAAUCAAGCCAUGAGAUCGAAGGAAAUGUCUGUAGAGCUCCGAGACAGGAUUGUGUCGAGGCACAGAUCUGGGGAAGUGUACCAAAAAAUGCCUUCAGCAUUGAAGGUCCCCAAGAACACAGUAGCCUCCAUCAUUCUUAAAUGGAGGAAGUUUGGAACCACCAAGACUCUCACUAGAGCUGGCCGCCCGGCCAAACUGAGCAAUCGGGGGAGAAUGGCCUUGGUCAGUGAGGUGACCAAGAACCCGAAGGUCCCUCUGAAAGAGCUCCAGAGUUCCUCUGUGGAGAUGGGAGAACCUUCCAGAAAGACAACCAUCUCUGCAGCACUCCCCCAAUCAGGCCUUUAUGGUAGAGUGGCCAGACGGAAGCCGCUCCUCAGUAAAAUGCACAUGACAGCCUGCUUGGAGUUUGCCAAAAGGCACCUAAAGGAUUCAGACCAUGAGAAACAAGAUUCUCUGGUCUGAUGAAACCAAGAUUGAAUUCUUUGGCCUGAAUGCCAAGUGUCAUGUCUAGAGGAAACCUGGCGCCAUCCCUAUGGUGAAGCAUGGUGGUGGCAGGAUGAUGCUGUGGGGAUGUUUUUCAGCGGCAUGGACUGGGAGACCAGUCAGGAUUGCGGGAAAGAUGAAUGGAGCAAAGUACAGAGAGAUCCUUGAUGAAAUCCUGCUCCAGAGCGCUCAGGACCUCAGACUGGAGCAAAGGUUCACCUUCCAACAGGACAAUGACCCUAAGUACACAGCCAAGACAACGCAGGAGUGGCUUCGGGACAAGUCUCUGAAGGUCCUUGAAUGGCCCAGCCGAGCCCGGACUUGAACCCAAUGAACAUCUCUGGAGAGACCUGAAAAUAGUUGUGCAGCGACGCUCCCCAUCCAACCUGACAGAGCUUGAGAGGAUCUGCAGAGAAGAAUGGGAGAAACUCCCCAAAUACAGGUGUACCAAGCUUGUAGCGUCAUACCCAAGAAGUCUCGAUGCUGUAAUCGCUGCCAAAGGUGCUUCAACAAAGUACUGAGUAAAGGGUCUGAAUACUUACGUAAAUGUGAUAUUUGCAAAAAUGUAUAACCUAUUUUUGCUUUGUCAUUAUAGGGUAUUGUGUGUAGACUGAUGAAAAAACAACAACAAUUUAAUCAAUUUUAGAAGAAGGCUGUAGCGUAACCAAAUGUGGAAAAGGUCAAGGGGUCUAAAUACUUUCCUAAUGCACUGUGUGUAUGUAUAAUUUUGUAUUUAUUUUGUAUUUGACCAGGCACGUCAAUUAUUAACAAAUUAUUAUUUACAUUAACAGCCUGGAAUGAGGCAAAAGGCCUCCUGUGGGGAAGGGGUGGGGAUUAAAAGAAAGUGUAAGAGAAGAUUGACAACAUAGACAGAACACACUUGGUAACAGUACAGAUACAUCAGCAGACAGAGAGUGGAAUCAAAGCACAACAAGACAAGAGACACCACCACGCUACAUGAAGGGAGAGCUAUGGCAACAACACAACGUGGUACAAGCAUUAAUAAGGGCAGACAACAGCACAACAUGGUACAAGCAUUAAUAAGGGCAGACAACAGCACAACAUGGUACAAGCAUUAAUAACGGCAGACAACAGCACAACAUGGUACAAGCAUUAAUAACGGCAGACAACAGCACAACAUGGUACAAGCAUUAAUAACGGCAGACAACAGCACAACAUGGUACAAGCAUUAAUAAUGGCAGACAACAGCACAACAUGGUACAAGCAUUAAUAAGGGCAGACAACAGCACAACAUGGUACAAGCAUUAAAAAGGGCAGACAACAACACAUGGUACAAGCAUUAAUAAGGGCAGACCAUAGCACAACAUAGUACAAGCAUUAAUAAGGGCAGACAACAGCACGAGGGACAAAGUAGGCAGAGACAAAGCACAUCACGACAAGAAGGGAUUUCACAAGACAUGGCAGACCACAAUACAAGCAACAUAGCACAAAUAAUAGCAGCGCAAACAGACAGAAAACAGACACCACGAUCAGCAGCCUACAUUAUUGGUUUGCAUAUCCAUGACUGAGUCCUUGAAAGCUGAGACAGAGACAUAACUUUCCAGCUUAAAUGUUUUUUGUAAAUUGUUCCAGUCGCUAGCUGCAGCGAACUGAAAAGAGGAGCGACCCAGGGAUGUGUUUGCUUUGUGGACCUUUAACAGAAUAUGAAUGGCAGAUCGGGUGCUGUAUUUAGAGGAUGAGGGUUGCAAUAGGUAUCUCAGGUAAGUAUCUCAGCACACCAUCUUAAAUCAUGGAGUUGAGUUUUGUUGGCUAGGGGGAGUGAGGCAUAAGAUGAUUUUGUAGAUGAGCAUCAACCAGUGGAUUUUGCGUCUUGUAUAAAGAGAUGGCCAGUUUACAGAGGAAUACAAAGUACUGUGAUGUGUUCUUUAAGUAGGAUUGGUGGCAAAUCUGAUGGCCAAGUUGUGUGUUGUUGCAGUGAGAGGACCAUGGACCUGGUGCUGGAGAUGUGUAACACCCGCUCCAUCCACUGGUGCGGUGUAUCAGGGAGACAGCUGGGCAAAGUCAGCCCCAGUGCCUCGCACUCUCUGCCCCUCAAACUCCUCUCCUCUGUCCAGGGCUUGCAAGUAGGUGCCCACUUCUUCACAUUAUAAUACAUUGUAACACUAAGCAUAGCUAAGGCUUAUUACAGUAUGUUAUGCUAUUACUGUUAACAGUUGCAGUCAACAAUCAGUUGGUGAUUGUAGCUAAUCACCAUUUGCUUGUGUUUCAGAGUAUAUCUGGCCUGAGACUGACCGACACAUUUCUGAAGAGGACUUAUGAAUACGAUGACAUUGCACAGGUGUGUGUGGUCUGUCCAUACAUGAGCCGUCAGAGCUAAGACUCUUCUAGACCAUUCUAGAACUGAGCACUAUAGAUCUCACAUCUCAAUGGACCAACUACCAUACUCUGCACCUAUAUCAUCACCUUACACUUACUGUACACACCCCAAGGUGAUCAUGUUUUAACAGAUGUUAUGUUUUUAAUGUUUUCUUUGCAAAAAAAAAUCAUGAUUUUAAAUUAAUGUGCAUUUAAAUGUGAAUAAAAAC